AUGACUUCUCCUUAUCAGUCGUCCAUCUCGUACUCGCCGUCCGUCGCUGGUCCCGACAUGGCGGGCACGUCCCGGGCCAUCGCCGACCUGCCUCAAUCCCAAGUCGACGCGAUUAUCCGCACAAAACGGAAGGCGCGCGAACCCAAGGCCUGCUACCCCUGUCACGCUCGGAAAGUGAAAUGUGACCGUAAUCUUCCCUGCGAUGGCUGUGUCAAGCGCGACCAUGCCGAUCUCUGCUCCUACGAACGCCCCUCCAAGAAGCGCAUCAUGACGGGCUCGCUUCCGCAAUCAUUUAGUCCAACCGUCCCUGGGGAGACCAUCAUAAUUCCACCCGAGCCUCCAGCACGCCCGAAACCAGAGGCGCCAGUUAAUCGACCAAGCUUGGUGGGCCAGGUAGGGCCCGGGCGAGUAUCGAUCGCGCGGGAGGAAUGGGACAAUGUUCGCACUCGGUUGCGGGAGAUGGAGCAAACGAUCAGCAAUCUGCGGGUUGGACUCGAGAGAGCCGAAGAUGGACACGGUUCUUCGCUGGAGACCGGGAGCAUACAGAGUGGUGAUGCCAGUAGUCGGUCGAAGGCUGCUUCCCCGGAGCGGGAGGGCAUCCAUGCGCCCAACACCUUUGGUGAAGGCACGGUGCACCUGGGGUCCCGGUCGGUGUUGGCGUACAUCCUCAACAACAAGUCUGGAUCCGAUCAGCUUCAGGCCUUGCUGGAAGGUGGGAUCUUGCCGAAGCUGGGCCUGGACAACGAAUCGGCAACGUAUCCGUUUGUUGACCUCUGGUCUUCUGACAUGUCAACUUUCGACAUCAGCGCCGUCUGCAGUGCCCUUCCUACCGACCAGCAGUGCAAAGACUUCUUCUACUAUUACCGAGACAUCGCAGGCGCCAUUUACCCUGUCCUCGAGGAUGUUCCACAAUUUGAGAUGAAUCUUCACCUUCUGCUAAGUAACCGAGCAUCGAUGGGUGGUGUAUAUCGCGCCGAUGCAGACCAAUCCCAGAAACCCUUUGGUGUGACUAUUGCCUACAUGGGGUUGUUGUUCGCCGUGCUCGCCUCUGGCUGUCAAUCGUCGGAUCUCCCGGGCAAAGAGCGAGAGUUGACAUCCCAAGUCUAUGUGUGCUGCUCAUACCAGUGUCUUCGUAUGACCAACUUCCUCUCGCAGCCGACGAUAGAUGCCAUGCAAACACUACUCGUCAUUGGCAACGUCUUGUCAUACAAUAUGAACCCCGGAAUUUCCUACGUGCUUCUUGGUAUGACGCUUCGGAUGGGCUUAGCCCUCGGUCUACAUGUCGAGUCCAGUCGCUUCUCAGCUGCAGAGCGUUAUCGCCGCCGCCACGUUUGGUGGUCGAUGGCAUGGCAAGACAGCCAUUUCUCACUUUCCUAUGACAGGCCCUCUACGACCGCUGUGUGCCAGCCCGAAAUUGCGUAUCGUGACAAUCCAAAGCCUGGCGAAAUCUCGUACUUUGAGACGCUGUGUCGAGUCAUUGGUCUUGCAUUGGAAGUUGUCCGCAGUCGCAUGCUGAGUCCGCACUCGCAAUUGAGCUACAAGACUAUCCAGGGCUACAAGGAACGCAUCCAGCAGAUCAUGAUAGAAGCCAAGCCUCACCUCCGGGAUCGUAAAUACUGUCUCUCUGCAACGGAGCACCUCGAGCGAGUCGUUCUCAAAUUGCACACGUCAUACUUCUCCUCCGAGCUUUAUCGGCCAGCGUUGAAGCUGACGGGAGAAACGGCCGACCCAGCCGCAGCCAGUAUGCGUGCCGACUGUGUCAACAAUCUGAUGACGACGGUGGAGGCGUACAUCGAAAUGCAUACUGUCAGUUCACAUGCGUCUCGAUCGUGGAUUGCUCUACAGCGAGCCAUCAGCUCGAUUUUCCUCUUGGCUGUUACCGAAGAAUCCAAAACCAUCCCCCGUUUCUGGAGCUUGCUGCAGCAGCUCAAGGUCAUUAUCUCUGAGCGAGCGAACGCCGAGCUUGACUUCAACUCAGCUGAUGCCGCUGCUCCUCCGACGGAUGGGGCCGCUCCCCCUACACUCAGCACCAUUCCUCGAGCACCUAGCACUGCCGCCCCGAGUCCAGCAGGCUUGAACUCUGCAUCACCCGGAUCCGUUGGUGUCGGUGUUGAUACGCAGACGCAGUGGGCCAAGCCGUUGACCAAAACCCUCCGCGCACUGGAGAAACUCGAAGCAGCAUUCACCACCCAGGCCGCUCGAGCCGCCGGUCAGGCCGGGUCCCCAGCGUACCUUAACCCGCAUGCAGGGUCCAGCAUGGGAGUUGCCGGUGUAGCAGCUAGUAUGACACCGAGCCUCGGAUCUCUCCCGCCUCCGACUCCGGAGAGUUCCACCAGCGGCGAGUGGUCCAUACCUAAUAUCCUCGAUCGUGCGGCCGAGUACAUUCAUCCACCCUUGUGGAGCUGA